AUGACAACAAAAGAAGAGGACAAGAGACCUUGGAACGAGAUAUACCAAAGACUUCUCAAACUAAAAAAGAAAAUGGAACUCAAAGAGAAAUCUCCAUCUUCCAAAGCUUACAAUUUCCGGAUGUAUGACAUCGUGUUGGAUCGACAGACACCAAGUAAAGCAACAAAAGAAAUGGUAGGAGCAUUACAAGUUAAUUCAAUCUUUUACGUUAAGGGAGAUCCCAAGACACUUAUCAACAUGGCAAUGCAAUUAUUUUCUGGACUGAAUGAAUCGACCAAAGAUGAGGGAAAUUUUAAAUUCUUAUCCCCAAGAAUCGCCCCUCUGAUGCCAGAUAAAAUGCCCACCUCCAAAUCAAUCCUCUCACCUACACUAUUAUCCUUUUACGAUGAUAAUAAUACUAUCGCUUCAAUUCCAUCUAUCCUAAAACUAUCGAAUAUCGGAGAUAAAGAGAAGAAUGAAAUCAUGACCUUGCUCAUGCAGAUGUCUGGUACGACAAAUGCUAUCGAAGAAGCGACAAAUGUUUUAAAGGAGCUAAACUUUAUGGGUAAGUCGGAAUGAAUUUGAGUUUUAGUCAUUUGUAGACAUCUCUGACGAACUCAACGAUGUAAAUACCAGGAUAAAUACAGUAUACGAUGGAUUAAAAAGUAGCUUUAAUCGUCGGCAGAAACGAGAUCUCGAUAAGAGCGGAUUCACAUUUAUGGACAAACAACAAUUGGAUCACAUGUACAAUAAUAAAGGUAAUUAGUUAUACAUAUCAUCGAUUAUUUUUAGAAUUUAAAUUUCCAAAAGAUAGUCUUGACUUUGAAGAUUAUCUCUCUCUAGAAUACGAUCAGAAAACCGAAGCCUUGUGGAACAGUAUUGAAAGGAUUGCUUUAGAAGAAAGUGUUGUGAGUUCGUGCCUUCAUUGAAAUCUAUAUAACCAAUAAUUUAUAGGAAGAUUACAAACUCAGACUUAGACGACGGAGACGUGCUCUUGGCUUGGCCAAUGCCUUCUCUGCAGUUGUCCUCGGCCCUUAUAUGUUCGCCCCUUCAUUUGGUCUGACAAUCCUUGGCCCAGUUAUUCUCUCCCCCAAUAUAUUCUCCCCAGCUAUUCUCAACCCGUCCAUCCUUAGUCCUUAUAUCUUAUCCCCAGCUAUAGGGUUGACCAAUAUCUUAUCCCCUUAUGUUUUAUCUCCAAUGAUUCUGAAUCCGGUGCUGUUGGCUCCUCUUAUUUUAUCGCCUUACGUCCUCAGUCCAAAUAUUUUGACUCCAAACUUAUUGAGUCCGCUCAUCCUCAGUCCGUUAGUACUGUCACCUGAUAUCCUAUCGCCUGGAGGACUUGGUGGAGCUGUUUUAAGUCCAGCUGUAGCGUCACCCGCAAUAUUAACAGAGUCCUUUCUUAUGGCCACAAUAUUAUCGCCGACUAUUUUCUCUUAA